UUCUCCUCUGGGUACCAGCUCCUUACUGCCCUGCAGGCAUUGGUGCUUGUGGCCUAGAGAAGGAGGACGUGAAUUCCUUAAAUCCCAGCAGGUCCCAGGAUCUGGGUUCACAGACAUCUCCAGGCAAGAAAAAGAGGAAGAAACUAUCCCUAUUUCUCACAGACUUAAGCAGGAAACAACUACAUCAUGCAAAAACCCUGCAAAGAAAAUGAAGGGAAAGCCAAGAGCCCCAUGCCAAAGAGAGAAGAAUGCCCCUAUGGAGAAUGUGAACGCCAGCAAUCUGAAGGGAAUUUUAGGCAAAGACUGCUUCAGUCUCUUGAGGAAUUUAAAGAGGACAUAGAUUACAAGCAUUUUAAUAAUGAAGAAAUGACAAGAGAGGGAGAUGAGAUGGAAAGGUGUUUGGAAGAGAUAAGGGGUCUGAGAAAGGAGUUUAGGGCUCUGCAUUCUAACCAUCGGCAUCCCUGAGACUGUCCUUAUCACAUUUGAUGCAUUUCCCCCCUGAAUUCAGUUAUUUUCUGUUAUUAAUAUAGCUACCACUGGGUUCUUUUGGUGUGGAUUUUCUUGCUAAAUAUUUGCUAUCAUUUUACUCCAAUUCUUCAAUAUUCCUUUGAUUUACAUAUGACUCUUGUUACCAACAUCUCAUCUUUUGACCCAGUCUCAUUCAUUUAAUAGGAUGUUUCAUUCGUUUGCAUGAGAAGAUGCUCAUUGAAUAUUGUAAAGUGGAAAAAAAUACAUUGUAAAACAUUAUAUACACACACACAUAUAUAUGCACACAUAUAAUGACCAUUUAUAUGCACUAUAGUGCAAAAAGUCUGAAUUAUUAUACACCAAAACAUUAAUAGUGACUCUCUGUGUGAUCUGUACUUUAUUUCUUUUUUUAAACCUAUCUGUAUCUUCUCAUUUUCCAAAAAAAAUGAAU